UUGUUUCUUAACAAUGUUUAGAAACAAGUGGAACGUUGAGUGCGUCGGACGUGUGCAGUGGCACGAGAAAGUUUUCUCCGCGCAGUGAGUUUCGUGAUACCGAGGCGUUCAGUGCUAACACAUGGUUCGGCACUCCGGCCACGGGAUGGAGACCACUUUCUAUGACGAGCAGUAUCCCCUCAGCGGCCCAGUGGAAAAUCUGAAACGGGCACUGACAUUAGAUCUGGAUUUCGGGCGAGGCGGGAAGAGGUCGCGGAGUACUGCGCCCGUCCUCUCCUCGCCCGAUCUGCAGCUCCUUAAGCUGGGCUCCCCGGAGCUCGAAAAACUGAUAAUUCAAAACGGCAUGAUAACGACGGCGACGCCAACACCGGGCGGCGCGGUGCUGUUCCCCCCCGCCGUGCCCACCGAGGAGCAGGAGAUGUACGCGCGGCCAUUCGUCGAGGCGCUGGACAAGCUGCACCACGGCGAGCCGGCGCCUAUUGCGCGACGCGUCUAUGCCGACCUCGACCGGCCCGGCGACCGCUACCCCACGCCUGUCGUCAAGGACGAGCCCCAGACCGUGCCCAGUGCGUCCAGCUCGCCCCCGCUGUCCCCCAUCGACAUGGACACUCAGGAGAGAAUAAAGCUAGAGCGCAAGCGACAGAGGAACCGAGUGGCCGCCUCCAAAUGCCGGCGGCGGAAACUUGAACGUAUCUCAAAGCUGGAAGAGAAGGUGAAGCUGCUGAAGGGCGAGAACGCAGAGCUGGCGCAGAUGGUUGUGAAGCUGAAGGACCACGUGCACCGGCUGAAGCAGCAGGUCCUGGAGCAUGCGAACGGUGGUUGCCACAUCGACGCGCACUUCUGAUCGCGCGCGCCGCCGCCGCCGCUCCCCCACAUUCCAUGCUAGUCGCGCCCGCUCGGACGCAGCAUACAAAGCGUUUUGUGAUCUUAAUUUUACUGUGUAAUAUAUAGUUAACUCUAGUUGUUAAGGUGACGCUAAGUUAAUGAUGGUGUCAAAGUUUGAGAGUGAGAGGGUGCAAGUGAUGUCGAGACCCCUGCCCAAGGCUCCCGUGUUAUAAGAGCGCGGCGCCUUUCGGAACGUACUUAUCGCGAGUAAAUAAAUUCUAUCGUAAGUCGCAGUUACAGUUCUCCUUGUAUCAGUAUUGCGUUGGUCUCAUUUAGAAUAAUGUAGAAACUAGAAAGGAUAAUCGUGCAACGUCACUCAUUCGAUUGUAGACAGAUUGCGCCGCGCGACGUUGCCACUCCUGCGGCCGAUUUCCCGUUGCGGCGAUGUUGCCGUCUUUACUAAAAGCGGAUUUCCAUCAUUCGUAAUAUGCUAAUCAAUCUGAUUGUUUCCUUAAAAUUUGUUAUUUUUUUUACAAUCCGCCGAAAGAACAUGAUAAACAGAUGCAAGGUGUCGUAAACAGUACAGAGCGAGCGCACGCUAUACGAUGUCGCCGCGAGUACGAAAGGGACGGCCGUAGGGUACGGUUGGCAACGGCGCGAAGCAGCAGUCACGAGCGGAUGUUCUGCUAAUUAAAAUUCCGCCUGCGCCGCCCUCGCGGAAUGGUGGCCAUGUGUUCGGACGUUCCGAAUCACAUUUGUUGCACAAGGUUAAUUUUUCAUCACUAACCCGGCGCCCCCUCGCUUGUCUGAUAAGUUGUGUAUGUCGGCGACUAAAACAUUUGUGUGAAAGACUGACAGAGUGUUAGACACGUGCCUUGUGCGAGUGAGAGUGUGUAUUGAGAAAGGACAAACAUAGUUUAAUGUAUUGUCUGAACUGACCCGGUGCUCUAGAGAGGUCUUAAAACUUGAGGCCGUCCGAUAUAAUAUAUUUGUGGUCGUAUGAGCGCAUUUUGUUGUUGUUAAGAGGAGCGAGUGAAUGUGCGAUGUAUUUAUUGGUGAGAAUGUAUACGUGUUUAGGAUCAAGUAGCAAUCUCGAGUGCCUACGCUUUGUAAACUGUAGCCUACGUGUUUUUUAUUGUUUUUUGUUACCAUUAUAUUUGCUACAGUGGAUUGUUCUGUACCAUUGUCUUCUGUAGAUUAUUGUAAGUAAUAUUAUACCAAUUAACAAGUUGAAUUGUUAUAGACUAUAUGAAAGGGAUAUUGCCGCCUCCAACAUGCAUUCACGAAGCUUGUCACAUGUUGGAUGCGGCAAACGUUGCCCGCUUGUAUUAUUUUUAUACAAAAAGAUUCAUCAGAAUGUUAACAAUAAUUUGUAAGUUUAUAAAUAAUAAAGAACCGUUAUACUAAAAUAAUAUAUUUCUAUAAAUUUAACAAAGAAUAUUGUUUUAUACUGAAUACAUAUUGUAUGAGGAAACUGAAGGAAGAGAAAAUAAAUUAUGAACAUUAUUAUACCA